AUGGCAAGCGUCGGGCGCGUCCUCGCCGCGGUCGCGCUGGCCUUCCUGGUCCUCUUCGCCUCGCCGGCGGUGGCCUCCGGCACCAGCGCGCCGCGCGGCAUGGCGCGGACGGAGGCGCAGGCGCGCGCCGCGUACGACCUCUGGCUGGCGCGGCACGGCAAGGCGUACAACGCGCUGGGCGAGCACGAGCGCCGGUUCCGGGAGUUCUGGGACAACCUCCGCUUCGUCGACGCGCACAACGCCCGCGCCGGCGCGCGCGGCUACCGCCUCGGGCUGAACCGCUUCGCCGACCUCACCAACGACGAGUUCCGCGCCGCCUACCUCGGCGGCGGCGGCGUCGUGCGCGGGGAGCGCAACGCCGCCGGGGAGAGGUACCGCUACGACGGCGUCGAGGCCCUGCCGGAGUUCGUCGACUGGAGGCAGAAGGGCGCCGUCGCUCCCAUCAAGAACCAAGGCCAAUGCGGUAGCUGCUGGGCGUUCUCGGCGGUGUGCGCGGUGGAAGGGAUCAACAAGAUCGUCACCGGCGAGCUGGUGACGCUGUCGGAGCAGGAGCUGGUGGACUGCUCCAAGAACGGGCAGAACAGCGGGUGCAAUGGCGGGAUGAUGGACGACGCGUUCGCCUUCAUCGCCGGCAACGGCGGCAUCGACACCGACGAGGACUACCCCUACACCGCCCGGGACGGCAGGUGCGACCUCGUCAAGAAGGCCCGCACGGUCGUCUCCAUCGACGGCUUCGAGGACGUCCCCCGGAACGACGAGAAGUCGCUGCAGAAGGCCGUCGCGCACCAGCCCGUCACCGUCGCCAUCGAAGCCGGCGGCCGCGAGUUCCAGCUCUACGAGUCGGGCGUGUUCACCGGGCGGUGCGGCACGUCGCUGGACCACGGCGUGGUGGCGGUGGGCUACGGCACGGAGGACGGCCAGGACUACUGGCUGGUGCGCAACUCGUGGGGCGCCGGCUGGGGCGAGGCCGGCUACAUCCGGAUGGCGCGCAACGUGAGCGCGCGCGCCGGCAAGUGCGGCAUCGCCAUGGAGGCGUCGUACCCCGUCAAGACCGGGCCCAACCCGGGCCCGUCCCCGCCGCCGCCGCCGGCGGUCCCCUGCGACCGCCACAGCGCCUGCCCGGCGGGGAGCACCUGCUGCUGCACCUACGGCGUCCGGAGCACGUGCCUCGCCUGGGGCUGCUGCCCCGCCGAGGGCGCCACCUGCUGCAGGGACCGCGCCACCUGCUGCCCGGCCGACCACCCCGUCUGCAACGCCAAGGCCCGCACCUGCGCCAGGAGCAGGAGCAGCCAGGAAACCGUGGAGGCGCUGCUCCGCUUCCCGGCGAAGCGGCACCGGGGAUCGCUGAUCGCCGAUGAGCUACUUGAUUCCGUUUUCUCCAUUUGACUCAGCCACGGAUCGCUUAAAUGUUGUUUUUAGUUAAGAUUUUCUUUUGAAGGGUACUGUAUUUUCAAGUUAUAAGAAUUAGUCUAGGAUUUAUU